AUGACAACAAGCACAAUAUCGCUCAAGGUAUUCUUGGCCGCGGCCAGAGAAGCUCUCGCUGCGAAACCUGCUGAGCGUUCUCUGCCGCUCACCUUUGUUGUGGGCAACGAAUCUGCGGACCUCGAUUCGCUGUGCUCGGCUGUUGUUUUGGCCUACAUUCGGUCGCAUAUUGCGCCCAAGCGACUGCUCAUCCCACUGUCAAACUUGCCUCGAGACGACCUUGCGUUGAGGAAUGAGCUUGUCCCGGUUCUGGCGAAAGCUGAUCUGGAGGCAUCUGAUCUCAUCACACUGUCGGAGCUUCCGCAAGACUUGGACCCAAAGGAUACCGAAUGGGUUCUGGUCGACCAUAACGUACUCACUGGUAACCUCAAAAAAUACGAAAGCCGUGUUGUUGGCUGCAUCGACCACCAUGUUGACGAACGUGCCGUCUCUGUGCAGGCUACGCCUCGCGUUAUAGAGACUUGUGGGAGCUGCAUGAGUCUUGUCGUCGAACACUACGCAGAUGCUUGGCGCGGCUUGCUCAACGCCAAACUACCUUCCAUCGCCACCACUAACAAACCAGUCAGCAAGCACUUGACUCAGCUUGCGCAGGUCGCCCUUGCUCCCGUUCUCAUCGACACCAUCAACCUAACAAACGCCGCAAAGGUCCGACCCGAGGAUUCGCGCGCUGCCAAACUCCUCCAGACGGAGCUCAUGCACGACGACCCCGACUUUGACCCAAAUGCCUAUUAUGAACAAGUCACCGCCGCAAAGGAAGACUUGUCCAAGCUCAGCCUGCGCGACAUUCUUCGCAAGGACUACAAGGAGUGGGAGAAUUGCGGAAUCAAGCUCGGCAUUAGUUGCGCUGUGCAGAAUUUCGACUUUCUUCUCGAAAAGGCCGCCUCCCUCGGCAUAGGAAACGGACCCGACGUUUUGCUGCGGGAGCUGCAGGCGUGGGCACAGGAGCAGGCGCUCGACAUUGCGUCCGUCAUGACAACGUCCAACCCGGGCGGCGAAUUUCAGCGACACUUGCUAGUAUGGGGCCUCACGGGGCCCGGCAAGAAGGCGGUCGAGAGGUUCAAAAAGGACAAUACGGAGACGUUGAAGUUGACGCAGUGGAACGGUGGCGUCCUCGACGAGCAAGGGUCCAGGCAUGCAUGGAGACAGCUUGAUCUUGAAUCGAGCAGAAAACAGGUGGCCCCGUUACUGCGUGAUGCCAUGGAAUCGGCCGGAGCCAACUUGUAG